UCUCUGCAGCGAAACUUGAUUAUAUCUUGUUGUGCGUGACGAUUGAGAUUCCAGUCAAUUGCUGAGGCAUCAGGACCGGGGUUCUUAUUCCCACCUUCCCAAGAAGCUCAACCUCAAUCUUUCGUCCUCCACCUACCUCAUCAUUUUACUCAAUUCGGCGAUCAGGUCACAACACUGCGAACUCAACCUGGAAUGCAGUCAACGCCAAGCUGGAUACUCAGGAUUCUAUAACGGCGGAGGAUUCAUCGGCAAGAUGCGAGAGACAACAAGUGAUCAGUCGACGAGACCUGGGAAGGCAGGGGCCGCUGGCGAUUAUACCGAAGAGGAGGAGGAGGACAUCCCACAAGCCGUGCCGGCCCUAGCGAUGUUCGUUCCCUUAGAAGAGAGCUUCUUCGAUCCCUUCGAUGCUCCAGGUACCGAGAUUGAGCGCAUCAAGCUCGGCCAAGAGAACCUCGAAAAACACACAGCCGCCGUCGAGCAGAACCUUGUCUUUGUCUAUGAGCGAGAGCACAGGCGCAUCUUGAACGUGGCGAAACAAGAGGAAGCGGAAAAGGGCUUCAUUGAGACGCCCGCGGGUCUCAUGCAGGGCGAGGAAGCACUCAUCAUGGAAUCAGUCCACGCCCCGAUACCGCCCGGCGCCGAUUACAGCGACCGGCACCUGUCUACAUACAAGCCUCCCGAGGCGCCGCAACAGGUGAUGCCUCCAAGACCGUCGGCACUUCAAUGGUCACUCUACAAUGCUGGCCAGGCCGUGGGUCAACUGAACGGAUACGCUGGCCACGCCCAAGAGCUCAAAGAAGCGUAUCAGGAGAUGUUGAACGAUGCACUCAAGGCAUCGCCUGACAAUAAGGGACAGGGAGAUGAGCCUGCUCGAAGCUAGAAGCGACGAAAGGUAACUUAAGUCGCAACCAGUGGGAGUGUCUGAAGAAGACAAGAAGAACUCGGGGUAGCAGGCGCUAGACCACCACAGACAUGAGGAUGUCCAACCGGUAAAAUCGCCGCCAUUGGGAAGCUUCCGGCGUAUGAAGGCGAUGAGUCCGGCAGGCGUUUCGUGUACAUAAGCAGUGUACAUACACAUCACGAGAUAUCAGUAAAAACGCACGUACUAUCUACAUCUAAGUCUCGUCGUCACCAUGAUAUGUAACGACCGGCGGUAAGAGGCAGCGGUCAUUGAAGAAAUCUCCCAUGCUUCCAUAAACGGCGUCAAAAAGCUUCAUCUAGGUACACUAGAUAGAGGAAGGCUCGAUUAAGCAUUCUUGCGAAGCUCAAGCUCACCUACGAUAAGUG